CAGAAAGUUCCAACAUGGCAGCCGACGCUUGUAAGCUCUGGAAACUUAUGACUUUGGGUUGAGUACGUGUACUACUGACAAACAUAUGCUACACUUGGCAUAGUGCUUUCCGCUCUGGCAGCUCCAAGUUAUUUGACGCCGCUUCGUGACCUCAAAGCCUCUCGCUACCGGUUCAUAGGUCGUGCCCUUUGCUUUUCCCGGCGCACGGUGUAAUAGCUUGCGGAAGUUGUGAAGAUUGCUAGUAAGGGUUUUCCUGAAGUUGAUGCAAAGUGAACACGACACACAGUCAGCUAAGGACGGCGAACGCACAUAUACGAAACGCGUCAUGGAUGACUUAGACGCCCUCCUAGCAGACUUGCAGAGUACAACGCAGCACAUCUCUUACCAGCACAGCCAUCCGCCGCAGCCCAGUUCGUACCAGCAGUACCAUCACCAUCACCAGCAACAUCCCUACGCCUACUCUAGCGCCAACGACAGCCCCUACGGCAGCGGUCCGCGGAUCGUGGUGCGCAAGAGCGACAGCUCCGCCUCCUCGCAGGAUUCACGAGAGUCCACCCCGCCCCUGCCUCCGCCCCCGGCUCUGGAGCUGUUGGACAGUGUCCCGGCGUACCGCACACCCGAUCCUAUUUAUGAGCCACAAACUUUCCAUGUAAGGGAGGCAACACCAAGUUCUGACAGCUCUGACUCGAGAGCACUGACAGGCUUUGGAGUAGCAGAGGAUCGUCCCAGAAUGUCUGCCUUGAGCAGCAAUCUUUCUGAGCUGGACCAGCUCCUGCAGGAUCUCAAUUCUGCCCAAUUUCUGGCGGAAGUUGACCGCAAGUCAGUAUCCACAAGAGGAAGUGAGCCAAGUGUAGUGAAUGGGGUGUCCAACAGUGUUGUCAUUGGCAGCAGCAGUGGUGGAGGAAGAGGACCUCCUCCAGUUGCACCUAAACCUACCAAACCUACUGAGCGAGCAACGGUAGAAAGCUUGUUGGAAGAACUUGAGAGUUCUGUGCCUCCUGUCCAGAGCCAUGGUUAUCAAGAAAUAACCACAACUCGAACUGCUUCUCAACAUUCCUACCAAACUAACGCUGGUCCACAUGAAAUCCAGCAAGCUGUGUCUUUAACACCAGCCAGUCACGGCCAGCAUCUUCCUCACCAAGCUGCAUCAACUGCCACAAAAGAACUGGACGACCUGAUGGCAUCUCUUUCAGAGUUCAAGAUGCAGAGCACAACAGGGCAAGCAGAUAAUUCCUGGGUGCAGUCAGAACCUGCUUACGCAAAGCCAGUGAAGAGUCGCUCACUGUCCAGCCAGUCACCAACCAGUCCACCAUCUUCCAAUCCAAUGAGCCCAGUGCAGACCACCCCAGCCUCCAACCUGGACACCAUGCUGGGAGAUUUGCAGUCAGACUUGAAUCGGCAGGGAGUCAACAUAAAAAAGAAGGGCGUUUGUGCUGCAUGCAACAAGCCUAUUGUUGGACAAGUGAUUGCAGCGCUGGGAAAGACAUGGCACGUAGAGCACUUUGUGUGUGCUCACUGUGAACAGCCACUGGGGACAAGCAACUUUUAUGAGCGAGAUUCUUUGGCAUACUGUGAAGUGGAUUAUCACAACCUGUUUGCUCCGCGCUGUGCCUAUUGCAAUGGACCCAUUGUAGAUAAAUGCAUCACAGCCUUGGAGAAGAUGUGGCAUCCAGAACACUUCUUCUGUGCGCAGUGUGGUCGGCAGUUUGGAGAUGAGGACUUUCACGAAAAGAAUGGCAAGGCCUACUGCAGGGAGGAUUAUUUCCAAAUGUUUGCUCCCAAAUGUGGUGGCUGUGGCAUGCCAAUCAUGGAGAACUACAUUUCUGCUCUGAACAGACAGUGGCAUCCACAGUGCUUUGCUUGUUGGGAAUGUCAAGCACCAUUUGGGACAGGAAGUUUUUAUGACCAUGAGGGUCUCCCAUACUGUGAGACACACUACCAUGCCAAGAAGGGGUCUCUGUGUGCUUCGUGCCAGAAGCCCAUCACAGGCCGGUGUAUUACUGCCAUGUUCAAAAAGUUCCACCCAGAACAUUUUGUAUGUGCCUUCUGCCUCAAACAACUUAACAAGGGAACUUUUAAGGAGCAGAAUGACAAGCCUUAUUGCCAUCCCUGUUUUGUCAAGCUCUUUGGAUGAAGCUUUUAUAAUCUAAAAUAGCAAACGAAAAAGGGAAGUUCAUUUUGCACAUUCUGUGUUUUCUUCUCUUUAUUUUUUUAUGAAAGAUGGGUGGCGUUACCAUGGUAAUGACAUUGACAAAAACUUGAGAAGGGUGGGUGAGUUAAAGUUUUAUUCUCUUUUCACUCUCUUUGGUGACCAUAGCUACAAGUCUCAGGUUUGCUCACUGAAAAUAGUUUUGUUCAUGUGUGUUGUUAACAGUGACCUUAUGACCUUUAUCUCAGUCCCACACCUGAUGACUUUACUUCCCAUGACUUGCCAAUCUGACCCUCUUCCUUGUACUCCAUGUUUAAUUUAGUGAAUGUAUUUUGGAAAUAAAAUUAUUUUGCAUAUUUAUAUUUCUGGUAGAUACAAAUGGUGGGAUUUACAAUAAAAGAGUCCCCAGUCAUCUUGACAAAUCGGAAAACUGUCAUACUUAUCAAAUAUGCCUUGGAGUCUCUCUGUACUUACCCAGGUGAUGAAUUCAUUCAAACCAUUACAGGGGGCAUGUACACAAGUAGUCAUACAAACUGUUGCACAAAUUACCUUUAUUACCAUCCUUUUACUCUCACCAGAGGCUUGCAUGUAAUCCAUACACAAGCAUAAAAUCAUCUUAAAGUUAUUUUGUGAUUGGCAUUAGUAAAAGUGAAAAGAAAGACUUGUACAUUUCUGUAUUUUGUCCACACUAGUGCGAAGAUUAUGGAACCUGUUCUGGUUACAUGUAUAGGAAGGAAAAGAUUCCUUGUUUUCAUGAAGGGUGGUAGUUUGUGUAGCUCUUUUUCUAUUUCAGUUAUGUGUUGGGGGAAAGAUUUGGUCAGUAAAAUGGAAAAGAAUGCUGCAUUUAUGAAUAAGUACAGAUGAUGAAAUUACUUAUUGUCUUAGUAUGCAGUUUAUUUGAAGGUGAAAAAUGCAAAGCCAGGUUACUGAUAUGUGCAGUACUGACAAAGAGGUGCGUAUGUGGUAUAUAAAUUGGGAUUUAGGGAAUUUUGAGAAAGGAAACCACAGGAGAAAUAAGAAAUGCAACAGUCUUUGCUGAUGAAAUAUCAAAAGUUGAGAUAAAUGUUCCCAUCCACCCACUACUCCCCGCUAUCCACCCUCACCACCAUCCAAAAAAGAAACAUAUUCUCAUUGUAAAGGGAAAUUGAUAGAGUAUUAACCUGAACAAUCUUCCAUAACAGAUUCUCAACAUACCCACUUUCCAGUCUCUCAGUCUGAUUUCUUGCAGUUCUUAGGUUUGAAAAUAGUUGUUUUUUAUUGUUUUGUUUCGAUCAUCCCUUAGCAGAGGUGAGACAACAGUGCAGGAUAUAGAAGUAAAGUAUAAAAUAGAGGUAGGAAGCAGAAAGGGGGAUGUGGGUGUGGAGUGGGGAUGAAGUGAUGUUCAAGAAACCACAAGGUAUGCCACCAUGACUUAAAAAACAAAAAUUGACUUCACUACAGACAAAAACUCUGGAAUACAAACAUCACUUUUUUACAACUCUACAAUGAUAAACUGUAUGUUACUGUUGUUGUUCUUUAAAUAUGUACACACAUGAUAAACUUUGCUUUUAAAUAUGACAGUUAUAAACACAAGCUGUCUGUAACCAAGAUGCGCCUCCAAUCUGUCUUGAGUUUAGUAAGGUGUACUAACAAUCUAUGGAUAAAAGCAUGAUGCAACUACAAGCUCAUGAAAGUUUGGUCUGUGCUUGUAAACAUGAGCAGUGUGUGCUGUACUGCUGAUAUAAUGCUUGCUCAAGUGCAUCUUAUGUCACUUUAGCAUUUAUUACAUUUACUGGCCAUCUUUGUGUAUCAGACUUCGUUGGUUUGAGGGGCAUACAAAUAUAUUUGUGUAAAGGCUGUUGUAUGUGAUGUCCAUACAUAAAUUCAGAGUUGCUUCUACAGUGCUAUGUACGCUUGCCUGUGUGAUAAAGGAAUACCAGUUACAUUUUGUAUGAUGUUCUCUAGGGUAUUGGCUGUGGUCUAGGUUUCAGACUGAAGGCCUGUGCAUAUGUUUAUUUACUAUGAAGUUGCUUUGUAAGCAUAUCUGAUUGCAAGUGAAGUUUACUUGCAUGUGUCUUUGACAGUUCAGGGAAUAGUGGUUGGGUUCUGUUAAGCAGGCUUGCUUGAUAGCACUGCUGCAAUGAAAAACAUGGAUUUUUACAAAGUUUCAAAUUUUGUAACCUCAAAUGAUUAGAGGUAAACCUAUGAGCAAAGCUGAGCUUUGCUCUAUUUUUCUGAUGGAAAAAUUCUUGGAUACCAACAUGUCACAAGCUGACGAAGAAAUUUUAACCACUUUGAUUCAGGUAAAGAUGCAAAAAGUGAUCUCAUUACCUCUGGCCCUUUGCACAGUACACAUUAUAUCAUCAGGAUGUGUCAAGAGUCUUUCUCAAGCUGAUGCUGGCUUCAUGUUUUCUCUGCAUAGACUGAUGCUGAGAGGAUCAACCAUAAUUGUCAAACCUUGUGCAUUAGAAGCAGACCAUUUAAGUGUCCUCAUAAAAUAGAUCUAUGUGGUUAAGUGAUUAAUUAUAGAACACAGAAACAUAUUUAACUGAUAAAUAAGGUUGAUACUGUCAGAAAAUGUAUUUAUGGAAGAUGUAGUUUUUUGUGUUCAAGAGAUGGCCAUUUUACUGUUUUUGGCCAAAUAGGUGGAGAGUGAGUGGGGUGUAUGCCAUGUAUGUCUUUCAUCGCAUAUUGUAAAGUGCAUCUUAAAAUGGACAAAGUGGUAUCAAACUAUGUUAAUAGUUGCUCUCACCAUACUUACUAACUGUAUUUUGUUAAAGAAAUGCUGGUUUAUUUUAGUCAGUAUUAGCAGUGGGCAUUGAUGUGACUAUUGAUCUGAUAAUUGAUGAAGUUUGUCUUUAUGCAUUCUUUUUCUAAUGCAGAAGCCUUUCCAACCACUGUUUGGUAGUGAGAAUAGCGGUAUACAUCUUACAUAAUCACGUGCUUCCAUUAUGUUUGUGGACUUUGUUUUCCUUGUCACCCAACACAGCACUAAAUCGAGCACUGUAACUAAAAUAUUUGUUUUGAGGAAAAUGUUACAGUGUUGACAGCACAGGCGCCACUUCGUUUUACUUUUAAAAAGGCUUGAAAAGGGACUAAAUGGAACCCUUGGUAUUCUGGCCUAUAAUUUGUAAAUAAAGCUAUAUUGAUUGCCAAAAUAUUUAAGAUCAUCUCGCCAGAUUGUGGGUACAUCUCAGAAUUGGUUUCUUGUAAAAAUGUACAACAGUGAAGCAACACAAGUGGCUCUGAUUCAGCUAUGUGACCUGGCAUGACUCCCACCUAGAUGUGUGGAAUGGGGUCAAUGUUGAAAUGGACAGAGGAAGAACUGGCUUGCAAAUGUGAAUGUGUAUAGUGGUCUUUCUCUGCUCACUACCACUCAAGACUGGUCUAAGUGGCACAACUCAUUAGCUGCUUCACUGCAUCUUUCCAGUUGUCUCCCCUAAUGACCAGCUCUUGUAGACCAGCAUAACCAUUUAUUAACUGGUACCAGUCAAGGGAUGAACAAAUGAAUAAAUGUUUUCUUAGGUAGGAGGUCAUACCUCUUGUAGUUAUUGCUCUUGAAAGUUAAAAGAGAAAACUGCUGUUUGUAUUAGGUUCUUUUGAUAUCAAUAAAAUUGUCACUAUUUUACAGACAACUUUAAAUUUACCACGCUCUAAGAUGCCUUCUUGCUAAAUGUAACUCAAAAUCAUGAUUUUUACUAUGUAAUACAGGCCACUAUAGCUGCCAAAGCCAGUGAGCAUGCAUCGCUGGUCUCCAUAAUGGGUGGCUGAAGCUAGAGUAUUAAUUUUUUUUUAUUUUAACUUUCAUUAUUACUGACAAUUAGGAUCCCGACAUGUUAUCAUUCUGUUAACCCUGUACAGUUCCGUCUGUGUCAUGUCUUUUAGAGAAAUUUCUGUUUAGCAUCUGCCUUUGUGUUUGCUUUUGGUCACGUCUUGCUCGUACGUUCACAAGAAUUUAUGCCCAUUUCAGCAUCACAGCACAAUUUUCACUGCAUGUUACUUCAAUACAGAAUGUUUUGUAGUGUGUUAUUUACAUGUCUUAAAUGUGACACACAAAAUAAAUUUUAUAUUCUGUAUACUAAAA